AGAAUUGUCUUCCGUCAUCAGAAUCAGCAUUGUGUAUGACUUGGAUCAAGGUAGGCAAUGUUUUUGAUUGUUAACAUUUAAUAAAAAUUAGUCAAUAUUAGGGAUCGACCGAUUAUCGGUCAUUCUGAUAUUAGCUAUUUUCAGCAAUAUGGGUAUCGGCACAUAGAGAUACCGAUAUUGCCGUUAAUACCUUCAAGUACCGCCGGGCACAUGAUAAUCACGGUGGUCCUGGAUGGCGCAGUAAGCUCUUACUCACCUUCCCAGCAGCUCCCUUCUGUUCCCCCUGUGUAAGUCUUGCAUGUCCCACGUCCGUCAGACCGUUGACACCUGUUACCAUGGCAACUCUCUGCGCGGCACACAGGGCUCGAGAUUUAGACAUUGGAGCGGAAGGGAGCUAAUAGGAAGGAAAGUAAGAGCUUGCUGCGUACCCUCACUGCAUAGUCCGUGCCACCAGCCCACCAAGGAAUGUUAUAUUCCCCCCUCCGUGGUCAAGUAAGAAGCAGGUAGAAUGUACUAAAAAAAAAUAAAAAAAUUUCAAUUAUCUAAAAUAAAGAAUGCAACCUAAAUUACAUACCUCCAGAAACACACACACACCACACACACGCUAUGCAUUCAUUAUAUACACACUACACAAAUACACACAACUCCCCUGUAUAAACACACUGCAUCUACUACAUGUGGCAUGUAUAUUUUGUGCAUUUACCUUUCGAAAUAUUUUUUUAUUUUUAUUUUUGAAAUCGUAAAUGUACAGAAUAACGGUAAGCUUUGGCUAUCAGCCUUAAAGUUCAUAGAUUAUCGGUAUUUGCUUCAAAACGUGUGUUUGUAUUACUAGCGCUGCAGUGCCCUAAUCUACAUUUAGGUGACUACGGACCACGCGGUCACAACAUUUUUUAUAGAAAACUUUUUAGCGUAACCUUUUUAAAGCGUACCUCAGCGCUGGUCUGCUCCGUUGCCUACCGCAAUGUCAUCCUGCAGGGUGUGCCAAAUGUGCUUGCAUGUCCUGUGCCGCUCACUGAUUAAAGGACCACUAUAGGCACCCAGACCACUUCAGCUUAAUGAAGUGGUCUGGGUGCCAGGUCCAAAAUGUUGUGACCACGUGGUCCGUAGUCACCUAAAUGUAGAUUAGGGCACUGCAGCGUUAGUAAUACAAACACACGUUUUGAAGCAAAUACCGAUAAUCUAUGAACUUUAACCCUGCCUGCUGUAAACAUAGCAUUUUCAGAGAAACUGCUAUGUUUAUAAAUGUGUAAAUCCAUCCUCCAGUGGCUGUCUCUUGACAGCUGCUAGAGGCGCUUACGUGACGCCAGCCUCUAUAGGAAAGCAUUGUGAAUGCUUUCCUAUGGAGUGGCUGAACCAUUCAACCAAAGAGGAGGAGAAGAGGUAGGAGAGGAGGAGGAGAGCUUCCCACCUGGCGCUGAAGAAAGAGGUAAGUUUAACCCCUUCCUCACCCUAUAGCCCAGCGGGAGGGGGACCCUGAGGGUGGGUGCACCCUCAGGGCACUAUAGUGCAAGGAAAAAGAGUAUGUUUUCCUUGCACUAUAGUGGUCCUUUAAACCUCUCCCAUAGUGAAGCAUUGCUCAAUCCAUUCCUAUAGUGAACUUAUCUGACGUUGUAAUCCAUGAGGACGUCCAACGUCAGCUAAGUGCUAUUAACUUUACUUAUGUAAAUCUCAUAAGCUCCUCUACUUGCUGGUCUGUAGAUGUAUGUUAACAGUGUUCCAUAAACCUUUCAUUAAGAGUCCUGGUUUUGUGAGAAUUUUUAAAUUUGCAAAGAUUAACAUAACACAAUCUAAAAUAAAUUAAACUAACAUAUUCAAAACUAAUAAAUAUAUAUUAUAUAUAUUUUGAAAAAUUCUUUUUUAGGGUGGGGUUUUAAUAAGGUUUCAGUGGUACAGAGUAAUUGGUAACAGUAGCAUAAGAAGACAUGAAUGUUUGCAUAAAUUUGAACACAAGUGAUAUUGUUUUUUUUUAAUCAUACAUUUUACAGUCACAAUUGGUACAGGUGUUUAAUUAUGUUCCAUAUAUGUAGUCUUCAAUGCCUGUAUAUUUAUGUGUUCGUCGUCCAUUUUUGAGUUUAGUAAAUUAAAAAAAUUAUUAUAAUUUUAAUUGUCAAAAUUAACAAUGUCAAAAAUAUUUCUGUUUUAAUUAAGAGAAGUGUUGGCGCAAACUAUCACACUACAUUUUAUUCUUAUUUUCUUUUGUCAUCCCUUUUAUUUUUUUAAAAACAUAGACAAAAUGCCAAAGUGUUUAGUUGUAGGCUGCAGAAACAGUCACACUAAACAUUCAGCUGAUUGCUCUUUCUUUAAUUUUCCAAGUACACCGGACAGAAUUAAAGAAUGGCUUUUAGCCACAGGUGAUGAAUUUGUCAACAUAGAUGCCGCAAUUCAAUUAAUCAUUGAUAAACAAAAAA